AUGGACUGUGGACCACCUGCCACACUCCAGGCCCACCUGGCUGGCCCACCUGGCACCGCCUGCCCCCUGGUCGCCGUGUGCCAGGAGGAGAGUCUGUCCUUUGUGGAGUUGCCCGCCCUGCAGCCGCCCAGCCCUGUGUGUCUGGACCUCUUCCCUGUCACCUCAGAGGAGCUCAGGGCUCCCGGCAGCCGCUGGUCUCUGGGGACCCCCGCCCCUCUCCUAUGGACAUCACCUCCAGGAAGCCCAGACCCUGAGAUCAACACCAGCGGGGGCAUGCGGCCCAGCAGGGCUGGCAGCUGGCCGCACUGCCCGAGUGCCCAGCCCACAGCACUAGAGGGACCCUGGAGUCCCCGGCACCCACAGCCGCAGCGCAGGGCCAGCCAUGGCUCAGAGAAGAAGUCAGCCUGGCGCAAGAUGCGGGUGUACCAGCGCGAGGAAGGCCCUGGCAGCUCUGAGGCCCAGCCGGUUUUCCUUGAGCCUGGCCAGGCCUCUCAGCAGGCCCUGAGCACAGAGGAGCCGAGGCCACUGGAGCUGUCCGGGGCCACCCGGGUCAGCCUGGAGGGGCCAGAGCGGAGGCGCUUCUCAGCCUCUGAGCUGAUGACCCGCCUGCACUCCUCCUUGCGGCUGGGCCGCAGCUCAGCAGCCAGGGUGCUAGCCGCCAGUGGCACCACAGCCCCCCGUGAAGGGAAAGCCCCCGGAAGGGAGUCGCGCAGUGCUGACAUGAGGUUAGACAGUACGGUGAUGCCUGUCCCUGCUGACUCGAGCGGGGCCCACAGUGGCUGGCCGGAGCCCAGGCUGGACACGCCGGAAGAGCCGGCUCUGAGUUCUAGGAGCGCGAGCGAGCGGCGCCAGUCACGGUUCCUCCUGAACUCUGUCCUCUACCAGGAAUACAGCGACGUGGCCAGCGCCCGCGAACUGCGGCGGCAGCAGCGCGAGGAGGAGGGCCCGGCGGACGAGGCGGAGGUCGCGGAGGAGGGGCCGGGCCCGCCGCGCACCAACCUCUCCCCCAGCAGCUCCUUCCGUGCGCAGCGCUCGGCGCGAGGCUCCACCUUCUCGCUGUGGCAGGACAUCCCCGACGUGCGCGGCAGCGGUGUCCUGGCCACGCUGAGCCUGCGCGACUGCAAACUGCAGGAGGCCAAGUUUGAGCUGAUCACUUCUGAGGCCUCGUACAUCCACAGCCUGUCAGUGGCCGUGGGGCACUUCUUAGGCUCUGCGGAGCUGAGUGAGUGUCUGGGGGCGCAGGACAAGCAGUGGUUGUUUUCCAAACUGCCUGAGGUCAAGAGCACCAGUGAGAGGUUCCUGCAGGACCUUGAGCAGCGCCUGGAAGCAGACGUCCUUCGUUUCAGCGUGUGUGAUGUCGUGCUGUACCACUGCCCUGCCUUCCGCCGUGUCUACUUGCCCUAUGUCACCAACCAGGCCUACCAGGAGCGCACCUACCAGCGCCUGCUCCUGGAGAAUCCCAAGUUUCCUGGAAUCCUGGCUCGCCUGGAGGAGUCCCCCGUGUGCCAGCGGCUGCCUCUCACCUCCUUCCUCAUCCUGCCCUUCCAGAGGAUCACCCGCCUCAAGAUGCUGGUGGAGAACAUUCUAAAGCGGACAGCACAGGGCUCUGAAGAUGAGGACAUGGCCACCAAAGCCUUCAAUGCACUCAAGGAGCUGGUGCAAGAGUGCAACGCCAGUGUGCAAUCCAUGAAGAGGACGGAGGAGCUCAUCCACCUGAGUAAGAAGAUCCACUUUGAGGGCAAGAUCUUCCCGCUGAUCUCCCAGGCCCGCUGGCUGGUUCGGCAUGGGGAGCUGGUGGAGCUAGCACCGCUGCCCGCCGCGCCCCCUGCUAAGCUGAAACUGUCCAGCAAGGCGGUCUACCUGCACCUGUUUAACGACUGCUUGCUGCUUUCAAGGCGGAAAGAGCUCGGCAAGUUUGCCGUUUUUGUCCAUGCCAAGAUGGCUGAGCUGCAGGUAAAAGACCUGAGUCUCAAGCUCCAGGGCAUCCCCGGCCACGUGUUUCUCCUUCAGCUCCUCCACGGGCAACAUGCCAAGCACCAGUUCCUGCUGAGGGCACGCACAGAAAGUGAGAAGCAGCGGUGGAUCUCAGCCCUGUGUCCCUCCAGCCCCCAGGAAGACCAGGAGAUCAUCAGCGAGGGGGAAGACCGCCCCCAGGUUCAGUGUGUGAGGACAUACAAGGCAUUGCAGCCAGACGAGCUGACCUUGGAGAAGACAGACAUCCUGGCAGUGAGGACCCGGACGAGUGAUGGCUGGCUGGAGGGCGUCCGCCUGGCAGAUGGAGAGAAGGGCUGGGUGCCCCAAGCCUACGUGGAAGAGAUCAGCAGCCUCAGUGCCCGCCUCCGGAACGUGAGGGAGAAUAAGCGGAUCACCAGUGCCACCAGCAAAUUGGGGGAGCCCCCCACCUGAUGGGCAGCCUUGCUCCGGCAUCGGCUCUGGGCCAACUCCCGGACAGGCCUGGAAGUGCCUGCUGGAUCCUCACACUGCAGGUCACCGCUGCUGGGACAUCUGUCCUCUGCUCUUGGCAUUGUAAAGACAGGCUGGAACAGGAGGGGAUGUGCCCCCCAAAGGCCUGGAGGGGCUCC